AUGGUCUCUGUCGUCUGCGGCCACUCGCUCUGCUCGCUAUGCAUCCACCCACGCAGCGCCCACCGCGCUCCCCUAGAAGACGACGAUGACGCCGCCUCAAUCUCCACUUCCUCCUCAGACGCUGAGCACGACGACCUUGACCUUCGCGCUUGCCCAGUCUGCGCGAAACCGCUGGCGGGCUUUGUGAAAAACUUCGACGCCCUCGCCGCUCUGGAGGCCGCAGCGCGCGCCGAUCCCGCCGCCCAAUCGCCUGCCAUCCAGCACAGACAGUCGGAAGGCCCGGAUCUUACCACUGUCGUCCACGGCGAUCUCGUCAUUCGCCGUGCGGACAUUCACUUCAACCGCUCUCCGGCCAAUGAAAUCGGCGUCGGCGCGAGUGCCGUUGUGUAUCGCGGUAAGUAUGCGUCCCAGCCGGUCGCCGUCAAGUGUAUUAGGACCAUGAGCGACUCGUUCGCCACCGAAGAUCGCUUGCGCCGCGAGCUGCGAAACGCCUCCAGGCUGAGAAAUCCACAUAUCGUCGAGUUUCGCGGCGCGGCGUGGGAUCACGAGGCGGGGCCCAACUCGCCGCGGAACGUCCUCCUCGUCACCGAGCUCAUGGCAGGCGGCAAUCUGAGAGAAAGCUUGAAUACGCUCAAAGCAGAGACGGGGCUCUCCUUGGAGAGUUUUGUUCGCAUCGGCCUCCAGAUCACAAAAGGCAUAGAGUAUUUGCACGCCGAGGGGCUGGCUCAUCGCGACAUUAAGAGCGCAAACAUUUUGCUCACGGAGAGACUCGGAAAGGGCUCCACACGCUUUUCGGACCACGUUCGCGCCAAGAUUGCUGAUUUUGGUCUGAGCAAGUACAUUGACAAGGCCACCGGCGGUGGUACUGUUAUGCAGAGCAUCAUGGAACCAGGCCGCCUCGAAGCCACCUACGCCUAUCUUGCUCCAGAAGCAUUUGGCGGCGAUAAGACAAACGCCAUCUCGCGAAAUGAUGAGUCCGACGAUGAUGACGGUAGGUACGAUGAGAUGGCGAAGAAGCGAGAUAUUUACGCUUUAGGCGUAUUGUUUUGGGAAAUGCUUAUGGGACAGAUUCCUUGGGCCGGUGUAUCUCUACCAGACGUCUAUGUUCGCGUUUGCGUAAGGUCGGAUCGCCCGGGGCCCGCUCUAGAUGAUGCCAGAGUGUCUAAGAGCGUCCGUAGGCUUGUCGAACGAUGUUGGGCGCAAAACCCAGCGAGAAGACCUUCAGCGAAGUCCAUUGCUGCCAAGCUCGAGAAGAUCGCUGUGAAGAUCGGCAUGGCUGCGGAUCCCACCAGUAUGACCUCGAAGAAGAGCAAGAAAGCGAGUGCGGCCGCUGCCGCAGUUGAGGCAGUCUCCAUGGUCUCUGGGCAAGCGCCAGCUCAAGUUCUUGUCAUUUCUGGAAACAACUUGCCAGAUCUGCAUGCAGAUCCACUCAAGGAUCUCCCAAAUGAUCAAAGAGAUUUGCAUCAGGGACAGACCCCAGUGGACUCCCUCUUGUCUUGUCAGAAGAUGCCGUCCGCGUCAACUGUUUAUACAACUCAUACAAAAGGUUCGAAGACUCAAUCUACGAAUGGCUUCGAGGCAAGCGAUGCGAGAGACACAGAUCGUGCUGUAGAUGACAUCCCAAGCCAUUUUGACGAUGACGCGUGGAUUAAUGACGCAGAUGGACAAGGAAACACAAUAGGAAGACAAGGAGCUCUUGCCGCGUCCAGAAUGGUUCACACAUCCAGCAAUGGUCACCACCCUACGAGUUACGCUGCAUACCACGGUGUUACAUCGAAUAGAUCUUUUGGUAACAAGAGUGCACACAACACCGGGCACCCUGCUGAUACCGGAGACAGCAACGACCCGUCGUUCUUAUCCAAAAGUGUAGCUCGACCCCGAUACUCUACAGAAGCAGCUGAGAGCAACAUGCCACGCGCUCAUUCUGGCGGAUCAGGACUUGCGCACUCUCAAUCCACGAAUCACAACGUUUCGGGCAAAUCGAAUGCGAAUGCAACUGCGGUAGCGGCCACAGCCGCUGCGAUUGCGGCAGCCAAGGACCGCGAGAGAAAACGUGAUGACGUGCGAGGAAACCGCGGCCCAACGACCAGGGUUACUCGCCCAGUGACGCCAGCAGGUGUGCAUCCAGCUGCCGUUGGAGAUACCAGUAUGCAUUCUUUGCACACUCCGGGUGAGACUUGGCAAAGAGCAGCAGCUAAAGAUCGAGCAGUUUUCUACGACAACUCGGAUGAGGAGGCUCAAGAUUUCGACCCCGAGCGAGCGGCAGCGGAGGAGGCUAUAGCAGCGUCAUCUUCGCCUUCCCCGGCGCCGGUGCCCGCACCGGUUCAAGUGAGCGCUGCACGACACGCCAAUGUGGUUGGACGACCUCCUCCGCUGACUCAGCGCUCUUCCUCAAUGAAUCGAGGCACGCCACAGACGAAGUCGCCUGUGGUUCGACGCCCAAUGUCCCCUGCUGUCGGACGCCACGUGAAUACGGGUGCCACUAAAAGCAAGGUGCAGGAAGAUGAGGCAUCACCGAAAGUGGUGGUGGGAGGCAAAAGGACUUCGGAUACAGCAACACCAGUAAGAGGCGGCAGAGAAGUGCAGCGGCGGCUCGCACGGACAAUGUCUGCAUCAGCUCAAACCAACGCACAGAAUAACCGAGCGCCACAACUCGUAUCCUCUUCGUCUGGUGUUGUGCAACCCAACACUGGGACAACAGAGAGCACAGGCAAACGUGCAUUCAUUCGCCGUAUGCGAUCUACCGAGUCCAGUCGGCGAAUGGCGAGGAGCUCCAGCGCAACAGCAGUUGAAAAUAAGCGUUCGUCACUGAACCCGCCAUCAUCCAAAGCGCUGAUGUCACUUGCGUCAGAUCGCGUCGCGAGUGAAGACGAGGAAAAGAGGGAUUAUACCGUAAUGCAGAUUGGCGCAACUCCGAAAGAAAACUUUGGAGCAACGGUUGGUGGGCUAGAUAAGGCAGGAUUAAUUCGACUCUUCUCGCAGAAAAUGAUACCUCUACGGCUCGCGGCUUUGGCGCAUGCUUCUCUAAUCAGUCAACGACACCGCAGUGAGGAGGAGGUGCUUCGAAAUGCGUGCGCUAUCCUUCAUCGGUUGACUGUGCCAAGGUGCUCCACACCAUCGAAGAACAGUAGUGAGGAAAUCUCUGCCAAAGAACAGCUGACUAUCCGAAAGUAUCUCAAGGGCAAUCAAGGUGUUGAGGCUCUAUUGCAGGCAAUGCACCCUCCUCGGCAUCGUCAUCCAACUACAUUGUCGUAUGCACUACUUGCGAUUGGCAACUUAACAGCAUGGGAUUUGGAGGCGCACAAGCAAUUCCGAAGUUCUCACGGAGUUGUUCAAGUGACACAGGUGAUGCAAUCGCAUAUUGGAAACGCAGGUGUCCAAGAAAAGGGGUGCUACGCACUGGCAUGUGUCGGGGCUGCCUAUCCGCCGAAAUCGAAAAGUAUAUUCGAAGAAGCGGGUGCAUUGGACAUAGUGAUUGAGGCAUUGUCAGGGGUUGAGCGAGAAUCUCCGAAUGACGCCGUAACGAAACAAGCAUGUGCAGGAUUGGGAGCUAUGUGCUCCUCUAGCCCAGACAACGCGUUUUAUGCGGGAAGAAAGGACGCACUGAAAUUCUUGGUGACGGCUUUUGAAAGGUUUCGAAGGUAUUCCCGUGUAGAUGGCGGAAAGCGAAGUGAAAUGCGGCUGGUAUGCAAAGCGUUUAUUGAUUUGUUAUGCAAUGCGGAGAACCGGAAGCUGGCGGGGUCCAAAGGUAGUUCGAUGAUAAUUCGUGCAAUGCGGAUCUUUCGACUGGAUGCUGACUUUAUCGAGAAAGGGUUAUCAACGCUAGCAGAUUUCUGUGCGUAUCAAGCCAAUGGUAUCCAAAUUGUGGAAGCUAAAGGUGUUGAUGACAUUGUAGCGGCGAUGGAACGGUUUCGGAUGUCAGAAACUAUGCAAAAGGAAGGGUGUCGAGUGCUAACUCUAUUGAUCGAGGCUACUGGUGAUCAAGCGCGACGGCGACUGGUUCAUGCCGGAGGUGCAGAAUCGAUUGUGCUUGCGGUAGAAAGAUUCGGGACGAUUGGGGAGGUGAAUAUCUCGCUUGUAGUGGAGUGCUUUAAGAGCUUGUAUACGUUGUUCCAAAUGGAAAAUACUGCAGAAGGAGAGGUUCUCGGAAGGCGAAUGAGGAAAAUCAAGUGUGACAAGGCUGUCAAAGCUGCGAUGGUUGCUCAUCGAGGAAACCAAGUGAUUCAAAACCGCGGACGGGAAACAAUAAAGCAACUAGGGACCCUCAAAGGCGGGGGUGGGCUUUGGGGACGCAUGCGUAAGCGGUAGGCUUGGUCGGUGGGGAAGUGUAGUAUUUGCAGAAGGAUGAUAAUUAUGUUUUUAGGCCGUGGAGAUGAAGGGAGAACACCCGAGGUGUCAGUAUCUGUAACGUUAUGGUACUGUGGAGAGAAAGAUUAGCAAGAUUGCCGCUGCGCAUUGGGGAACUGUUUCGAGCACAGGCGAGAUGAAACGAGAAACUGAGGAAAGCAAGUCCACAAGGCGAAGAGGUAUGACGGGUUGGUUGGGGGGGCAACUGGCUAUGUCGGAAGGUACAGACAAGUAGGUCUUCCGGCUUGUAUACAACCUUUUUUAUUGUAUUUGUAAACGGUGUCGAGAGACUAGUUUUGUUC